UUGAAUUCUUUGGUCCUUGAUCUGGAUUAUCCAGCACUGAGGAAGAACAAGAACAUCGAUAAUUUCUUAAAUAGAUAUGAGAAGAUUGUGGAAAAAAUCCGAGCUUUACAAAUGAAAGCUGAAGACUAUGAUGUUGUUAAAGUGAUUGGAAGAGGGGCUUUUGGAGAAGUGCAGCUGGUUCGCCAUAAAAUGACACAAAAGGUUUAUGCAAUGAAGCUACUCAGUAAAUUUGAAAUGAUCAAGAGAUCAGAUUCAGCCUUUUUCUGGGAAGAAAGAGAUAUCAUGGCCUUCGCCAACAGCCCAUGGGUGGUUCAGCUAUUUUGUGCCUUUCAAGAUGACAAAUACUUGUACAUGGUAAUGGAAUACAUGCCAGGUGGAGAUCUUGUAAACCUUAUGAGCAACUACGAUGUGCCUGAGAAAUGGGCCAAGUUCUAUACUGCCGAAGUUGUUCUUGCUCUUGAUGCAAUUCACUCCAUGGGCUUGAUACACAGAGAUGUGAAGCCUGACAAUAUGCUUUUAGAUAAACAUGGGCAUCUGAAGCUGGCAGAUUUUGGCACUUGCAUGAAAAUGGAUGAAACAGGUAUGGUGCGCUGUGAUACAGCUGUGGGAACCCCCGACUACAUAUCGCCUGAAGUUUUGAAGUCGCAAGGGGGUGAUGGUUAUUAUGGACGAGAAUGUGACUGGUGGUCUGUAGGAGUUUUCCUUUUUGAGAUGCUAGUUGGCGAUACUCCUUUUUAUGCAGACUCACUAGUAGGAACAUACAGUAAAAUUAUGGAUCACAAGAACUCAUUACAUUUCCCAGAUGAUGUGGAAAUCUCUAAGCAUGCAAAGAACCUUAUCUGUGCCUUUUUAACUGAUAGGGAUGUGAGACUUGGGAGAAAUGGGGUAGAAGAAAUAAAGCAUCACCCUUUCUUCAAGAGUGAUCAGUGGAACUGGGACAACAUUCGAGAAACUGCUGCUCCUGUUGUUCCUGAGCUUAGCAGUGAUAUAGAUAGCAGUAAUUUUGAUGACAUUGAGGACGACAAGGGAGACGUGGAAACCUUUCCGAUCCCCAAAGCCUUCGUGGGAAACCAGCUGCCUUUUAUAGGAUUUACCUACUAUAGAGACAAUUUGUUGCUAAGUGACUCCUCUCAGUCUUGCAGAGAAAAUGAAUCUGUGCAAUCUAGUAAAAAUGAGGACAGCAAAGAGUUUCAGAAAAAGCUGAGCAAGCUGGAAGAACAGCUCAGUAAUGAAUUACAAGCCAAAGAUGAACUAGAACAGAAGUACAGGUCUAUGAAUACUCGCUUAGAAAAGAUAGUGAAAGAACUAGAUGAAGAGAUAACUUCAAGGAAGAAUGUAGAGUCUGCAGUCAGACAGUUGGAAAGGGAGAAGGCUCUUCUUCAGCAUAAAAAUACAGAAUACCAGCGGAAAGCGGAACAUGAGGCAGAUAAGAAACGUAAUUUGGAAAACGAGGUUAACAGUUUGAAAGACCAGCUUGAAGAUUUGAAAAAGAGGAAUCAGAACUCUCAAAUAUCCAAUGAGAAAAUCAAUCAACUACAAAGACAGUUGGAUGAAGCCAAUUCUUCGCUGCGGUCAGAGUCUGAUACUGCAGCCAGGUUAAGGAAGAACCAGACAGAAAGCACGAAGCAAAUCCAGCAGCUGGAAACUAAUAAUAGGGAACUGCAAGAUAAGAACUGCCUGCUAGAGAAUGCGAAACUCAAACUGGAGAAGGACUUUCUCAAUCUUCAGUCAGCUCUAGAAUCAGAACGGAGAGAUAGAAGUCAUGGAUCAGAGAUUAUCAGUGAUUUACAAGGUCGAAUAUCUAGCCUCGAAGAAGAAGUAAAAAAUUUUUUAGCCAAACUGGAAAUGGAGAAGAGACAGUUGCAGGAAAAACUUACAGAUUUAGAAAAGGAAAAGAGCAACAUGGAAAUAGAUAUGACAUAUAAAUUCAAAGUUAUGCAGCAGAACCUUGAACAAGAAGAAGCUGAACAUAAAGCCACAAAAGCACGAUUAGCAGACAAAAAUAAGAUCUAUGAAUCUAUAGAGGAAGCAAAAUCUGAAGCCAUGAAAGAAAUGGAGAAGAAACUUUUGGAAGAGAGAGUUUUAAAGCAAAAAGUAGAAAAUCGGUUGUUGGAAGCUGAAAAGCAGUGCUCAAUGUUGGACUGUGAUCUCAAACAAUCACAACAGAAAAUCAAUGAACUCCUGAGGCAAAAGGAUCUACUAAAUGAAGAUGUAAAAAACCUGACACUAAAAAUAGAGCAAGAAACACAGAAGCGCUGUCUCACUCAAAAUGACCUCAAGAUGCAAACACAGCAAGUCAACACCUUGAAAAUGUCAGAGAAGCAGUUAAAACAGGAGAAUAACCAUCUUCAGGAAAUCAAACUAAGUCUGGAAAAGCAAAAUAAUGAACUCCGCAAGGAACGUCAAGAUGCAGAUGGACAAAUGAAAGAGCUUCAAGACCAACUUGAAGCUGAACAGUAUUUCUCGACUCUAUAUAAGACACAAGUCCGAGAACUUAAAGAAGAAUGUGAGGAGAAGACCAAACUUUGUAAAGAAAUGCAGCAAAAAAUACAGGAGUUACAAGACGAGAGAGACUCCUUGGCUGCUCAGCUAGAGAUUACUUUGACAAAAGCAGAUUCAGAGCAACUUGCGCGUUCCAUUGCUGAAGAACAGUACUCUGAUUUGGAAAAAGAGAAGAUUAUGAAGGAGCUGGAGAUUAAAGAGAUGAUGGCCAGGCAUAAACAGGAACUUACUGAGAAGGAUGCCACCAUAGCUUCUUUGGAGGAAGCAAAUAGGACACUGACUAGUGAUGUGGCUAAUCUUGCUAAUGAGAAAGAAGAACUGAACAAUAAACUAAAGGAAGUACAAGAACAAAUUACAAAGCUAAAAGAAGAAGAAGCAAAUGUAGGAAAUAUUAAAGCACAAUUUGAGAAACAGUUGUUGAAUGAAAGAACAUUGAAAACCCAGGCUGUGAAUAAAUUGGCUGAGAUCAUGAAUCGGAAGGGUCCAGUCAAACGUGGAGCUGACACUGAUGUACGGCGGAAGGAAAAGGAAAAUAGGAAACUGCAUAUGGAAUUGAAGUCUGAACGAGAAAAGUUAACCCAAAUGAUGAUCAAAUACCAGAAGGAAAUCAAUGAAAUGCAGGCACAAAUAGCAGAAGAGAGUCAGAUACGGAUUGAACUCCAGAUGACUCUGGACAGUAAAGACAGUGAUAUUGAACAGCUUCGUUCGCAGCUGCAGUCAUUGCACAUUGGUCUAGACAACAGUAGCAUAGGCAGUGGACCUGGAGAUGCUGAGACAGAUGAUGGAUUCCCUGAGUCAAGAUUGGAAGGCUGGCUAUCGCUGCCUGUUAGAAAUAACACUAAAAAAUUUGGAUGGGUUAAGAAGUAUGUAAUUGUAAGCAGUAAGAAGAUCCUGUUCUAUGACAGUGAACAAGAUAAGGAACAAUCUAAUCCUUAUAUGGUAUUAGAUAUAGACAAACUCUUCCAUGUCCGACCAGUCACUCAGACUGAUGUGUACAGAGCAGAUGCCAAGGAAAUUCCUAGGAUAUUCCAGAUUCUAUAUGCUAAUGAAGGAGAGAGCAAAAAGGAACAGGAAUUUCCUGUGGAGCCCAUGGGAGAGAAGUCAAAUUACAUUUGUCACAAAGGACAUGAGUUUAUACCUACUCUUUAUCACUUUCCAACCAAUUGUGAAGCUUGUAUGAAGCCACUGUGGCAUAUGUUUAAACCUCCUCCUGCUCUAGAAUGUCGCCGUUGUCAUAUCAAAUGUCACAAAGAUCACAUGGAUAAAAAAGAAGAGAUUAUAGCACCUUGCAAAGUGUACUAUGAUAUUUCAACGGCAAAGAAUCUACUACUGUUAGCUAAUUCUACGGAAGAACAGCAAAAAUGGGUGAGCCGUCUGGUGAAAAAAAUACCCAAGAAGCCUCCAGCACCAGACCCCUUUGCUCGAUCUUCUCCCAGAACUUCCAUGAAGGUACAGCCAAACCAGUCCAUCAGACGACCAAGUCGACAGCUUCCUCCAAACAAACCAAGCUAACUGCUUUCCGUGAAUGCAGGCACAAUUCAAGGUGAUAAUUUUCUUCCUGUUACAGCAAGACUGAAACAUAUCCCAAAAUAUAUUAAAAAUAUAUAUAUUUUCCUGAGAGAUUGUGCUAUAUAUAUCAGAGGUUUACAUUUUUGCUGCAAUAUAAAUUACUAAUCUCUGAUGGUUUUCCUGUAUUCUCCUGAGUGACUGAUCAAAAGAGGUUGGUAAAUAGUAAAAGGAUAUGUUAGGUAACCUUUUAAACUCUGUUCCACAAAAGCUUUCUUGGCAAGACACAUACACUACAUUUCAUAAAAGGAUUGAGAGGAAUGAAUAUUGAAAUGGAAGAAACUGACUUUUCAGUUUUCAUAAAGAUGCCACCAGCAUGUCUGCAAGAAGAACAGGAGGAAGAUCCCCCACAGUGAUAUAGACUGCAUCUGUAAGAAGUGACCAUUAUACUGUGUAUAUAUAUUGUACUGUAAUACUGCAAGAGGGUUUUAAAAAUCUUUCCACUUUAUUUUUUUAUGCUUAUUAAUCAGAUACCGUUACUUAUUGCAGUUGCAACUAUGCACUUGUAUAAAGCCAUAAUGUUGAAGUUUAUAUCAUUCAUACAUGUC